AUGGAUGAUUUUGAUGAGAAUAAGGACAUGUGUCCUAUCUGUAAGACAGAUAGGUAUUUGUCGCCGGAUGUUAAGUUUCUGGUGAACCCUGAAUGUUACCAUAAGAUCUGCGAAUCAUGUGUGGAUCGUAUUUUUAGUUUGGGUCCAGCACAGUGUCCUUACACCAGAUGUGAUAAGAUUUUGAGAAAGAAUAAGUUCAAGACUCAAGUGUUCGACGACGUAGGGGUGGAGAAGGAGGUGGAUAUAAGAAAACGUGUGUUCAACGUGUUCAAUAAGACUCUAGAGGAUUUCGAUGGGAAUUUGGAUGAAUUCAACAAAUAUUUGGAAGAAAUGGAAGACAUUAUCUAUAAUCUGGAUCAUGGCAUAGAUGUAGAGGAUACGGAAGAGAAAUUGCACUCAUACGAAGAGUUGAACAGACAGUUGAUUUUGAACAAUAUCGAGAGAAACAGACAAGAAUUACAAAAUUUUGAACAAAGACAACAUUUUGAGAAAGAAAUGAAAAUGAAGAAACGUAUGCUGGAGAAACAAAUCGAUGAAGAAGACAAAAUGAAUAAAGAAUGGGCUAGAAGAGAGAUCGUGAAUAGACUAACGACCACUGCAAGCACAGAAGAUGUUAUUGAAGGUGUUAAAAAUACUGUUAAAUUGAAAAAAUCAUCUGCACGUAGAAAACUGGAAGAAAUCAACAGAGUAUUGAAGAGCAACUCAUAUCUGGCAUCUACAGUUGGUUUGAAUGCUUCAAGAAUAAAAAAAUCCGUGCCAUUCACACCUUUCAAUGGUGACCGUGAUCCAUUUAAACGUUAUAUAAUGAACGAAAUUGUAUAUGAGGAUCCAUUUAUUAAAGAUUUAACUAAAAAGAAUGAAUAUAUAGCAUCUGGUUUCAGAACUGACUUUGUGUAUGAUAGACUAUUAACAGAGGCAUUUAUGGGGCUAGGUUGUGUUCUUUCGGAAGAGUUACAAACCUCUUAA